AUGGACUCGAGGGAGGAUAGUUUGCUGCUCCCAAAGAGCUUCGUUCAAAAUGCUCAACGACGAUCAACCCAAUGGUAUUCGCCAAAAACUUGGCGGAUUCCUUUUCUUCUCACAGUAGCGAUUCUUGUUUCCCUGUUUGCCUACAUUUUCUUCUGGGAACCGAAUAACAUGCGUGAGUCAAGAAUGAUGAUCCGUGAGAAGAGCACUAAUCCUAACGGACACAACAAAGAUUGCAGCAGCAAGCAUUUUAAGAAUGAAACGUUGAAAACCGUUAUGGAGUUCCCAUUCAAUGGCCUGUUUCUUCAGCAUGGCUUCUCCGAAUUCGAAGCAUCUGACGUCGUCAUGGUGCAGGGUAGUUCUGAAGCGUUCGUCGUGUUUGACAACGUCUUUUCGAUUGCACGAUUGCGCCGUCCACAAAGCCAUAGAGCUUCAAAUACGAUUGCAAGCAGCCCCGUGCGUCCACAGGCUCCCUCAUCCUUAUUGAAGUGGUCGGGAGACACAAGCGGUAAGAGUGGGUUUGAAUGCAUCGCUUACAAUGAGAGUGCUCAAGUAUACCUGGUUGUACAAGAAAGCAUAUCGCACGACGAUGGUUCAGAGAGAGCCGUGACAUAUGAUGUGACAUUCAACGAGACGACUGCUGUAGUUGGAACUCGAUGCGUUGCAGAUUUUGCCUUCUCUCACAGUAACAAGGGCUUCGAAGGAGCUAUCAUUGUGACAACAAAACAAGGAACGUCACUUCUUGUCGGACUUUGCGAAGGAAACUAUUGUGUCGGCGGCAAAAAAGGCAGAAAGGCAGGAAAUGGUCGUCUAGUCGUGAUGAAGCGCGUCAUGCAAGAUGGUUCAUGUAUAUAUGAGACGGUUGACGUCGUAAACCUGCCUCCAGAGGUGGCUUUUGAGGACUACUCAGCGAUAGCUAUCUGGGACGAGACGACGGUGGCUAUCGCUUCUCAGCAAAAUUCAGCCAUCUUUAUCGGGAAACUCGACUUAGAUAACGGCGUAAAAGUUACAGGAGAGCGGAUUGUGGACUUUCCGCGAAACGACAAUUGCGAGAUCAAGUACUGCAAUGUGGAAGGUAUCGCUUUUGCGAAUGAGAACACGAUCGUUUCUGUAAGCGACUCCAUGAAGGAUGACGGGAGACAAGACUUUCGUUGCCGAGAAAAGGACGAGUCGAUUGAUGUCUUUCAAUUGAUGUAG